AUGUCGAGCGGAUUUAUCACAUCGAGUGAGUUAGAAGAGAUGCGCAAGAAGCGUCAAGAAGAAUGGGAACGGGUUCGAAAGCCAGAAGAUCCAUUGAUCCAUCUUGUUUAUAUCGAUAUAAGAACUAAUCUGUUCGAUACAGCAGCACCAGAACCUGAAGUCUGCAAUAAAUCGCUCUAUGAACAGCUGAGGGACAAUAAGGAGGCUAAGCAGGCAGAACUCGACGAAGCUAGGAGGUUUAAAAACAUGAUACGAGGGAUUGAUGAGGAUGAAAGCGACUUUCUCGCUCGGGUAGAUGAAUUGAAGGCUGCGGAGAUUCGAAGGGCUAAGAAGGAGGAAGAAGAAGCACUUCGAGAAGCAGCACUUGCUCGAAAUCAGCAGAAUCUUGUUGAACACCCAACAGUGUCUCAACUUAAGGUCGUACCUAAAGAAGAUCGUCCACAAAUAUCCAAACAAGCUGCUAUAUUAUCUUCGGCUAUAAAGAGGAAAUCGACAGGUAGUAACGGUGAGAACUCUGCUCACAAAGUACCACGUGUCGAAGAGAACUCGAGCGUUGCUCCGAUUACCUAUCAGAAUACUGUGUCUGCAAUGAGAAUUAUCGGUACUAUACCUGGUAUUGGCACUUAUGAAGCUUCAAGUGAUAGUGCGUCGUCUAAUAGCGACAAUGAGGAAGAUCCCUACAUUCCCGUGUUGCAGACAAAUGUUCCGCAGAAGAAAAGUGCUUGUGAGGAAUGA